AUGAUAACAAGUUGUUACCUUGGCCCAGUGGCCAUUUGCCUAUUGGCCAUAAUUGUGACAGUUUCAGGACAUGUUAAUGCGUACCGAAAGUUUGGACAGGAUUGUCGGGAUAUUAGCUGUGCUGGCAACGAAAGAUGCAUCGUUUCGCAUGUGGCCUGUGAGAGGGAUCAACGGGAUGGCGAACAUUGUGGAUUGUAUCCAAGAUGCGUGGAGCGUGCAAUGAAUGCAGAUCAGCAAUUGAUCGACACCACAUCCACCACAGCAAACACACUUACACCCAUCUAUAGUCCCAUCACCAGCACGAUCCAAUUGAACCAUCAACUGAACCAUCAACUGAAAAUUAAGCCCCACACGGACUUUGAGCUGCUGAAUCAGGAAUCUUUCGCUGAUCCAGCUGAAAGCCAUGCAAAACAGCUACAGGCCAAUGUUCUGGUCGUUUUACAGGAUGGCGCCAAACAGCCCAAUAUUAAUCCCAAUCAAAAUCAGAACUUCUACACUCAGCCCUGGCGACAGUACUGCAGUCCUUAUUAUCCUUACACUUGUAAUUAUCCGUCCUCACCUUAUCUGCCCUCUGGCCCCAGGUCUGUGCCGUCUUACCCCAAUGCCCGUGCCGGAAAUGGGCGUCAAUUGAUGCCUCCCGCACCGCCUUGCUACUACAAUUGUUACCCCCGAUUUUCAAACAGCUAUCCACUUGGUACAUCAGUUAGACCCUCAUCUUUGAUCAACAACUAUCUGAUGUAUAUCACAAUUUAG